CUGGAUGAUUACAGUUUUAUGGUUUUAUUCAGAUAGGAUUGAUCUUUUGUUUUUACAUCUGGACACGUGGCUUGUUAACUACACAUGUUUCCAUCCAUUAUUUCUUCCAUUUGUGUUGAUGAUGUAUUGUAGACUAUCAGCCUGAGCAGUUUACAGUCGGGAUAGUUCACUUAUGUUGGAAUUGGGACUCGAUGAUCACAUUUUGACAUUCUUUUCAUCAAAUUCAUUCAAUACCAUCGUUUUAUUGAAGUCUACAUGAUGGACUCCAUCUCUCAGAACCUGCAAGAUGAGAUCUCCGAGCUGCUGAAGCCUCACAGAGUCUGUCUGGUGGUCCCUGUCCUUCUCAACGUCUCCAGUCAGCCAUGUGGGAGGUCGGCCAACAGGUUUGUGGUACUGAGUCUAUGGAGAGGUUACCUGCUUAUGAACAAGCCUGUCAGGAUGGAGAGCACUUUCAGCUACUUGGAGAUUUGCUCUAUCAACAUUCACAGUCUCACACAGAUUGUGUUGGAGACAGACAGGCAGACUUUGUCUUUCAGUGUUCUGAAUGUCAAGGAUCUUGAGGCCAUAGUCAGUCACAUGACUGCCUCACUGAAGAGGAUCUUCCCUGAUUCAUCUCCAGGAAAGCUGUUAAAGACGAUUCCUCCAGAUCUGCAGCAGAGACUCCUCACAUUGACUAAUAUGAUAGAAGAGCAGCUGAACAGCCGGCCUGCCUCCUGUGGAGGAUUCUCUGACACCUAUGCUGCUCUGUGUGAUUUCAACAAGAUGCCAUUUAGAGAGGAGAUUCAGUGGGAUGUUGACAACAUCUACUACAUCAACAACUGGAGAGAGUUCAACCUGCAGGACUUCAGCCACUUAGACAGCAGGGACUUGGCCUUAGCAGUAGCAGCUCUGUCUUUCAACCAGUGGUUUACCAAGAUCCGCUGCAAAGAACUCAAAUUGUCAGUGGACAUCCAGCAGCAGCUGACGUUCCUGCUGUCUAGAUCUCCUGGUCUGGAGGAGCUCUCACUGGAGGCCAGUGGACUCAAACUGGACUUUGCAUUAAAAAUGGCAGCUGCCCUGCGGAAGCACUCCUCCUCUGCCCUGCAAUCCAUCAACCUCUCAGGCAAUCCACUCGAAGACAAAGGUGUCAUAGCUCUCAGUCAGGAGCUGGGACAUCUAGCUGAAGGACUCAAGCUCCUCUCUCUGUCCCGGGUAUCAAUGACAGCUAGAGGUGUUGGCUGUCUGAGUCAGGUGUUGUCCUCCACUCAGCUGUUCUCAGCGUCUCUGACUCACCUCGACCUGUCUGAUAACCCCGGGAGCCUGGUCACUGAAGAGGCCACGUUUCUCUUCAAGUUCCUGUCCAGCACUAACUCUCUGUCUCAUCUGGACCUCAGUGACACCAGCUGCCCUCUGGACACGUUAUUUGUGUCCCUGUCUGCUGGAUGCUGUUACAAACUGACGUACCUGAACCUGGCCAGAAACCCUUUCAGCCACAGGAAGGUGCGGGAGGUGACCAGGAGUAUUGGACAGUUCUUCAGUCAGAGCUGUGAGUUAAGAUAUGUGGGCCUGUCUGCAACCAAACUACCUCCACAAGCUCUCAGGUUAUUACUACAGGGUCUGGCAACCAACACUCGUCUCUUUGGGCUGGAGUUGGACCUCAGCAGCUGUGAGCUGCGUUCAGCAGGAGCUCAAGUUAUACAGGAGCACAUCCCUGAAGUUACAGCUAUCACCAGUCUGGAUAUCUCUGACAAUGGGCUUGAGAAUGACAUGGUGACUCUGGUUCUGUCUGUGGGUCGAUGUCACUCUCUUCGGCACCUUGGACUGGGAAGAAACUUUGCCAUGAAGUCGAGAGCUCUCACUGAUGUUCUUCAUCGUAUAGCUCAGCUCAUUCAGGAUGAAGAGUGUCCCUUGCAGUCUCUUUCAGUGUGUGACUCCAAGCUGAAGACAGGUAUGUGCAUCCUGCUGAGUGCUUUGGGUGGCCACGCUGCUCUGGCUGAAGUGGACAUCAGUGGAAACAACAUUGGAGACACUGGAGCCAAAAUGCUGGCCAAAGCCCUUAUGAGUAACACCAGACUGAGGACUCUAGUCUGGGACAGAAACAAUGUAACUGCCAGGGGUUUCCAGGAUGUGGCUGAUGCCUUGGAGAGGAACUUCACUCUGCAGCACGUCUCUGGCCUGGCUGAUAUCACACUGAGUUACCGCAGCAACCCUGACAGAACAAAAGAGGCCCUGCACAAGAUUCAGCAGUGUUUAGACAGAAACAACCAGAGACAGUCUGACAGAGUGGAACUUCAGCAAGUAUUUAGAGCUCAACAAUCUGAGAAGCAGGUCCAGGAUAUGUGUCAGCAGUUAGAGGACAGCCUUCAACGUUUGAACCACUGCAACCUUCAGGAGGUCCAGGCUGACAUCCUGACAGCACAUGAGCUGCUGCACAACACCAGGGAGUCCUUCAAGCUGCUUCCCUCUCUGUAUGAGGCAGGCAGGCAGUGUGCCUCUGAUGGAGGACUGGUGAACUGCAUCCUCACUGACGCUGCUGCUGCCCUGACUGAUGGGUUCAACAGAAGCAUACAGGAGCUGGCUCAAGGCCUGAUGAGGUGUGCAGAGGCGGCGUGUCCUCGGGCGGUACAGCGGUUUAGUGUGUGCGAGUGUCUGUCAGAGUGUGUGUCCAAAAGAAGCAGACAGACACACACAUUCCUGAGAAGCACUCUGGUGGAGAACACGGGGCAAAUCAUCAGCAACAGAUUGCGGGAGCUGAGACAGACAUUGAGUGUCUCUCUGGCUGAAAGCAUCAUAGAACAGGUACAACAGGACCUGACAAUGGCACAGGACAAAAUGGAUUGCUUUUUAAAAGAAAAUGCAUGCAUUGCUCUGAAAAUGAACAUCCCAGAGCUUCGACUGGUUGACAGCGACUUCCCAACUGAUGAUUACAGUCCAGCAUUUUGGAGAAAUAGUUUCUACUCCAAGAGCCUGAGGCCUGCCCCUUCAAUAAAGAGUCUUCUGGAUGCAGACUGGGAGCACCACACCAGGGACAGAGGAGCAGAGAGAGAGAGGGGAGGAGGUGCUGGUGGGGAAGAAGGAGGAGGAAGGUGUGGCCUCCCUCGGUUGCCGACAGCAACCCCCUUGUCAGUCAGGUUUUUAAGCCCCACCCCUUCCCCAUCUCCCUCGCCCCCGGGACUGAGGGGGAGGAGGCGGAGGGAGGGGGAGGUAGCAGCGGUGGAUGCUGCAGCAGCAAUAUCAGUAGCGAGAGGAGCAUCGUUCAUUCCUCCUCUCAGUCUCCCCCUCCUGUACUCUAUCUCUGCUCGAGCUGCAGAGGAGGAGGCUGCCGGCCGCGGAGGCUUACCCAGACGACAGGCUCCCUUUCCCGGCUGCUGCACCAGCCCAGGCCCCCUCCCCAGCUCUGGAUCCCCUGCUUCUCCCAUGGAGCCUCUACCCACACAGGGACAGACUCUAAGGCAUUACACCGCCUCCCGACCACGGCCACGACGCACACACACACAGCCCCCCUCCUCCAGGCCUCAGGAGCCAGUUUCAAAGGUCGAGCAUGAGAAUGAGGCCAGCGAGGGGAUGGGCAGGGUGGAUGAAGGAGUAGAGGAGUUCUUCACCAAGAAAAUCAUCCCUGACUAUGCACUAAAAGGCCGGUGGGAGGAGUCAAACCCUGCCCAAGCCACUCCCUCUGAUUCAAGCUCCACCCCCUCAACCUCAACCCCCUUUUCCUCUUCGUCUGACAAUAUCACCUCUCCCAGCACCACUGUCACCUCUCCCUCUGUCCCACCUACUGACACAUCCUUUACACCCCCUGAUGUUCCACCCCUUUCUAUAUCCUCCACUCCCCCCACCCCCUCUUCUCUCACCUCCACCACCACCACCACCAACACCACACUUCCCACCAAAAACAUCAAGAAAAAGUUUGGCGACUUCUUUGCCUUCAAGAGGGCUCGAGCCAGCCGAGCUCCCAAGGCAGGAGGGGGAGAGGGAGGAGUAGAUGGGGUGAAGGUCAAAAGGACCUCCAUUGCAGACCUCAUUCGACCCCUCCGCGAGGCCAAAGAAAGGGAGAGGGAGAGGGACAAGGAGAGAGAGAAGGGGAGAGGUGCAAGGUCAGUGGAGGAUGCUAACGUUUCUAAUGAUGCCGCCACCACAGAACGAACCAUUGCCACCAGCCACCAUCUUGCAGGCGAUGCAAGGAGAACGAUGGCGCCUGCCAGUGAGACCACUCCCUCUUACCCCAACAUCGCCACAAGCCCUGACCUUACCACUGCCAUGCUUUCCAACAUGGAAGAAGAUGCAGUUCCUGUCUUGCCAGGUCGCACCCCCAGUCCUGUGGUUGCUUCCCUUCUAACUGAGCAAGAGAGGAGCGGUGUGCAGGUGAAGGAGAUGUUGGGAGGGACUCCAUAUGGAGAGAGGAGACUGAAGGCGACCAAGAGGUCACUGAGAGAGGGCAAGAGCCAGAGUCUCAUACUGCUGACGGGAUUAGAGCCUGAAGACAAGGAUGACACACACAGUAAGAAACAUGCAUCUGAGAGCACAUCUAGCUUUGAACAGAGGCUUCAGGUGAUGCUGCACAGAAUGGGCGUGGCCAAAAGUCCACCUGCCAACACCAAGACGGGUCAGAAUAAAGACGAGGAGCUGAGAAAAGCCAACUCUGAAGGUGCUAUCCUGGACAAACCUGUACCGCCUCCCACAUACAUGAAGCCCAGAACCAUGUCCACUUCAUCAGCAGACCCCAGGCAUCCUAUGAGAGCGCUGGACCCUAUUCGACCGGACCCUCCCCUUCACCCAAAACCCACCGUCCCCGAGCGUCCCAUUGGCCCCCUGCCACCCAAACCUGCUGUCGCAGCCAAGCCUCCCAUCCCCACCCCGGGUUCUCCUGCAGGAGGAGGAACCCGUCCCUCUUCUGCUCCUCCUUCCAGCAGCUCAGCAGGGAGAGUCCAGCUCAGAGCACACACUCAUGAUGGCAGGCCAGGGGAGACGACAGCACAUAAUGAAAACCAGGAACUUCCCCUGGGUGGGGCAGCCUCAGCUCCAUCCUCCAGGAAAGAGCUGCUUCCUCCAGCCCCGUCUGCAUGGAGGGGUCCCAGCACACAAGAUCGCUCUGAGAAAGCACAAUCGGUGACCGAUGAGAGCCUUCCUAAGCCACGCCAACACUUGAAGCCGCUUCCGCAGCGCAGAGCUGUGUCCGUCCAUGAGGACACUCUGGCCAUGACACAAGAGCUGAAGGCAGUGUUACAGAGGUCACCCAUCCGUUUCCGGGGCAACAGAGGAGACCUGCCCACCUGCACUGAAGAUCCAUCCAGUGUGGAGGAAGCACAAAGAGCUCAGGAGGGUGAGAGAGGGAAGAAGACAGCUGAAGACAAGAGGAAGGCUGUCCAGAAGGAGGAGCUGAAGGCAGAGAGAGGCAGGACGGGCUGUGGAGGGACGGUAGCUAAAACUAAUCAUCACCCCCCAGGCUCAGCAUGUCCCUCCUCCACAGCUCAGGCUCAACAAGAAGCAUCAGCACCCCGACUCUUCAGUCCAACUGCAGCCUCUGACAAAGCUCCACCUAUCCUGGCGAGGCCUCCAGCUCUAACCCAAAGCCUGGAAAAGCCUCCUGUAACCCCCACAUCCGAGAAAAUGAGCCCCAGCACAUCCCCACCAUGUCCCCAAACUCUAGAAAAACUGCUGGUGUCCCCACCACCCCAAGAAAAGACCCCCAGCACAAUCUCAGCUGCAUCUGAAUCCCCAGAUAACCCUCAAGUGAAAAGCCCCGGCACAGUACCAGCUACGGUGGAUGUGAGAAACAGCACACAGGAGAGAGGAGAGGCGCUCUAUAAACAGCACACAAUGAAGGCAGAGCCAGCAGACCAAAGAACUGAGACCCCUCUCUCUGAAUAACACACACAGACGGACUAAUAUAAGAACAAACGACACACCUGGGAGGGAGAGGAGGGAGAGGAGGGAGAGGUCUGUGACAUCACUGAGAUCAGAAACUGGGAGGGUACACAAAGUCUGAGAACAGCAUAAAUGUUGUACCCUCCUGUAGAAAACAGCUGCUGUGUCCCAUGUCAGAGUGUUGUCUUUAAAAGCCUCACAAUGUUGUUUAGUGCACACAACGAGUUUACAGCUAACAUCUGCACAGCUGCUGUUUAAGGUGAAUAAUCACGGACAGCACAAACCUUCCAGUGGUCAAAUACCUGCCUAGAACAACUCAAAUCAAACAAACUUCUUCUGCUAGCAAUAACCUGUUUGAGUGCAACAUUCUGAAAAUAAAUGUGAUUUAAAAGAAAAUCUUUAGAGAUUGAGUUGAUUAGGAGGGCCCAAUCUAGCAUCUGUUUCAGUUUGUGUGUGGCAGCCCUUAUUCGUACAGCUCCGACCGCUGGUUGUUACUGCACUCACUGCUUAUUUACCACAAACAGCAAAUGUACAGAUGUAAGACCUGUGUCUUUAGUAUGCUGACAGCUCAUCUUCUGACUGAGGUCAAACAUUUCCAGGAACUUCAUUAUGAAUAUAUUCUCAAUCUCUGAACAUUGAUAAACUAGCACCAUAAAGCUGCAGGAUAAGAAGUCAUUUUAAACUCAAGUUGAAAAAUUUUGAACACUUUUAACUCGGCCUCAAUUUGCACCAUGCAGGGCAAAAGAUGUUCAUAUCAUCUUUGCAUUGAGUAAUAUAAGGCUGUUCAGCCCUUAAAUUCACUUUGCAUUCAGUCUGAGGAAACCUUUAAGACUCAAUGACAGCCGAGUCCUUCCAAGGAGUCUGAAAUGGGACACAGCCAGCUUCAGCUUGUGAAAUCUUUAUUGUCCACUCUCCACAAAAUGAUGGCUCAUUUAACAAAACUUUUCUGAGUGUCGUUCAACACAUUAGGAUUUGCCACAUAAUGUCAAAGACAUAUUUAUAUCACCUGCUUAUACAUAUUAUCAUUAUGAUUUGAUCCGAGGUUUCAAGGCUCAAGAAGUAAUUAACGAUCCUGAGAGUCUGUAUCUUUUCACUUCGCCUUCUUGAAUUAUUUUUUCCAGAAGAUGACCAGGUUUCAGGAAAAAGGCUUCUUCAACUAUGUUGACAUAUUUCAUUGUGAUUUAGAUUUAGGUAAAUCAUCUUCAUUGAGACACAUUGGGCUCAUUUGCUCCCAUUCUUUUUUUCAAUUGGGGAUUUUUAGUAAUGUAAUGACUCAAAAUUUUGAUUGCAUGAUGUUUUAAAUCCUACUUUUAAUCCCCUCUUAAUCCUCUGCUUAUGUUUUUGUCACUAGCUGUUUGGGACGGAGGUUUUUGCCCCAAACACUCACUGUGACAUCCACGUACUCAAUGACAUUCUACAGUCGAGACAGAAGCUGUGUUAGCAUUAGUAAAUAUCAGAUAGUUUGUAUUAUGUCAAUCAAAGUAAUCUGUUUUGCAACAUGUCAUGCAUUUUCAUUUAAAUGCUUACUAUUACUACUGAGGUCCUGCAAUUACAUCGCAGUCUCUGAACAGACGCCGUACUGGCAAGUAAAAAAUAAGCUUUCAAAUCAAAUUUAUGAGCUUUCUGUCCUGCUCGCACAAAGAUGCAUUGAUACUGACUGCUGAAAUCAGAUUUCCACUAUGUCAGACACACAUUGUGUAAACUGCAUGAAUGAAGAAGUACAGUACCAAUCAGUUCAUUAUUGUUAAAGUACCAUGCUCAGGGAGAUAACAUAAGGUUACUACAUAAGAAGGGCCCAUUAUUGGUUUAAAGUUGAGAGCCCACAGAGUGCAUAGGGCAGUAAAGGUUUAUUGUGUUCCUUCUAGUCUUCACUGUUCCAUUCAUGUAUAACAACACAGUGUAUUUGUAACUUGUGCUAUGCUAUCUAUGGUCUAAUGAAGCAUGUACCAGGAUUUUCUAUUUGCCGUAAUCAUGUUAGCUUACUAAAAAAACAGAUAGGGCUCAUUGUGUGGGAGAAAGUCGUAAGGAGUAAGCACAGCAGCAGCUGCACAUUUUAUUUCUCCAUAAUGUCGUUUUUAUUUCUCUUUUUCCUUACUUCAUCAGUGUAGUUGGGAUUCUUCUCCAGGUCACUAGAUCCAGCUGUCACUACUAUUUUUAGGCACAUAAACAAUUUGGCAGGAGAAGUAAUUCCCUUUUCUUACUCCUCUAUCACUCUCGCUAUUUAGAACACAGGUGAGGCUGUUUGUCAGCGGGUAGAAACUGAUAAGCAAUGAAUUAGACAUUUUUGUUUGUGGACCAGAUCCAUUGCUUCCCUCUAGCACACGCCACUGGAUGUAACUUUACUGCAGGACCUCAAUAGUGCACAUUGACGAUUGUCAUUGUUUAGGUAAUAUUUAUCCUCCGUUAAAUGGUAAAUGGAUUUGCAUUUAAAUAGCGCCUUUGUAGUCUUCCGACCACUUAAAUCGCUUUUACAAUACAUGUCAAUAUUCACUCACACACUCAAACAUUCACACACCGAUGGCUGUGCCUUUGGGAGCAAUUUGGGGUUCAGUAUCUUGGCCAAGGACAGUUCGACAUGCAGCCUAAGAGCCGGGGAUGUGGACGACCCGCUCUACCUCCUAAACCACAGCUGCCCCACACAAUAAGACUAUCAAGGAAGGAAACAGCAAUACACUUUGAAUACCAUUUCCUCAUAUACGACAGGGGCCAACUGCUGAAUUAAAGUUUUUCAAAACCAACAGCUAGAACAGCAUAGAUACCUUUCUUGUAAGGGAAUGCCUCUAGUUUAAUGUUUUCAUUUAAAGGCUGUUAUUUCAUUCAGUCCGCUUACAACAGUCUCGAUAGCUGUUUCGGUUUCAUCCACUCUGGUCACCAUGUUGUUCAGAUUCUGCCUUAGGCACAUUUAGAUGAUUACUUCAACUGAAGUUAUGCUCACAAAAACCUUGACUGGCUCAGUUGUUUUUCCAGCAGAGGAAACAUCCAAUCAGGAGAACAGCACCAGACCUUUGAAUCGUGCAGUAAAAUUUCAAAUGUGGGUAGCAACUUCGAGGUUUGGAACCAGGCUAAGAUUCAGCAACAUAAAGCUUAAGGUUCUGCCUUAAUUUGAUGUUUAUAGAUUUUUCUACCAAUACCUCCCAGUUUUUCUUACAAAUUCUGCUCUUACUACAGAAAGGUGACUCCCAACAUCUUGAAAAAGAUUAUAACAAUUGAAGAAAUUAGCCCAAUUUUCUGGUUAUUUUCUCACAGUUUUUAUACAUUGAGAAUGAUGUCAAUUCAUUUCCUUUACAACAUUUAUAACAAUCCCAUCAUGUGACAUGAUACAUGUGGGAAAAAUAUAUCUUGCCUUGUUAAGAUGGUUUCACUUUAAGCCUUUUAGAAUCUCCAGAUUAACACAUGGGACACUAAAGCUCUGCAUGUUUCUGCAUAUUUCUGUGGAAUCACAUCGGUAUGUGACAUUUCAGGUUCAGUCAUUGCAUUAGACAACCACAUACAGUAUAUGUGUUCACCAUGUCCAUCAUGGCACAGGAGAACCAGAUAUGACCAAUAUAUGAUCAGAUAUUGUGUGAGAUAGCAACAGGAAUAUAUUUAUUCUAUCAAACUCUCAGGGUGGCUGUGGAGAAUGGUGUGUGUUUUGGAAGAGCAGACCUCAGUUCAGCUCCCUGUGCUGUCAGCGGCCUGAGCCUGCUUCUCAUCCUGGGGGAAAAUUUAUUUUCUACCGUCAUGUUUAUCUUUGCCUUGCACGCACAGAAUAUGUACAAAACUACAUAAAGCAUCAAAAACAAAGUUAUGAACAGAGUGUAAAUCCAUACCUAUACGUGUUAAUAAUUAUUAAAACUAUGAAUUGUGUCAUCA